GAAACUGUCUCUGGCGGGCGGCUCGGAUGUUUCCGGACGGGGGCGGAAAUGGCCGAAGGCCGGCGGCGGCGGCCAUGUUGGGAGCUGCUGCUGUGUGAGUGUGAGAUGAGCUGAGGGGAGCCGGAUCUCGGGGCGGAGAAGGCGGCUUGGCCGGGGGCAUUCGGCCUCCGGAUUUUAGCCCCGGCUCCGCGCAGCCUUCGCCUACGCGCACGCCCGGUUCCCGGCGGCGCGGCCUGGUCCCUGCGCCUCGUCCCAGGGUUCGCCUGAGCCAUCGGGCCGGGCUCCCCUCACCGCGGCCCGGCGGAGACCCAUGUCCGAGCCCCGGCGCCCUCCGGCUCCCUGAGUCCCCUCUUCCCCCUGGGGUUCCCCCAUGGUGGUGGCUUGGCCGCCCCCCAGCGGUGUGAGGAGAGCCCCGGCCUGAGCCCCAGGAACUGCCGGAGCCGCUGCCAAGGGGGGGCCAAGAUGUCGAGCAGCGGCCGGAGCCCCCUCCCCACCGUGAAUGAGAGAGACACGGAGCAGCCGGCACUGGGCCACCCAGAGUCCAAAGCCAGCAGCAAGUCCAACAUGCUGCGGGGCCGCAACUCUGCCACCUCCACCGAUGAGCAGCCGCACAUUGGGAACUACCGCUUGCUCAAGACCAUCGGCAAGGGCAACUUCGCCAAGGUCAAGUUGGCGCGCCACGUCCUGACGGGGAAAGAGGUGGCUGUGAAAAUCAUUGACAAGACGCAGCUCAACUCGUCAAGCCUGCAGAAGCUCUUCCGGGAAGUGCGAAUAAUGAAGGUUUUGAAUCAUCCCAACAUAGUUAAAUUAUUUGAAGUCAUAGAGACGGAGAAGACGCUGUACCUCGUCAUGGAGUACGCCAGCGGGGGUGAGGUGUUCGACUACUUAGUAGCCCAUGGAAGAAUGAAAGAGAAAGAAGCCAGGGCAAAAUUUCGACAGAUAGUGUCUGCUGUGCAGUACUGUCACCAGAAGUUCAUUGUACAUAGAGACUUGAAGGCCGAGAAUCUGCUGCUCGAUGCCGACAUGAACAUUAAAAUCGCCGACUUUGGCUUCAGCAAUGAGUUCACGUUCGGGAACAAGCUGGACACGUUCUGUGGGAGCCCUCCCUAUGCUGCGCCCGAGCUCUUCCAGGGCAAAAAGUACGACGGCCCCGAGGUGGACGUUUGGAGCCUGGGUGUCAUCCUGUACACCCUGGUCAGCGGCUCGUUGCCCUUCGAUGGGCAGAACCUCAAGGAACUGCGGGAGCGGGUCUUGCGGGGCAAGUACCGGAUCCCCUUCUACAUGUCCACGGACUGUGAGAACCUGCUGAAGAAAUUCCUCAUUCUCAACCCUAGCAAGAGAGGCACUUUAGAGCAAAUCAUGAAAGACCGCUGGAUGAAUGUGGGGCAUGAGGACGACGAGCUGAAGCCCUACAUGGAGCCCGUCCCUGACUACAAGGACCCACGGCGGACAGAGCUGAUGAUCUCCAUGGGGUACACGCGGGAGGAGAUCCAGGAGUCGCUGAUAGGGCAGAAGUAUAACGAGGUCAUGGCCACUUACCUGCUGCUGGGAUACAAGAACUCAGAGCUGGACAACGACAACAUCACGCUGAAGCCAAGGCCUGCGGCCGAGCUGGCCAACAGUAGCGUCCCCUCCCCCUCGCACAAGGUACAACGCAGCGUCUCGGCCAACCCCAAGCAGCGGCGCUUCAGCGACCAGGUCCCUGCCAUCCCCACCUCCACUUCAUACUCCAAGAAGACCCAGAGCAACAACGCGGAGAACAAGCGCCCCGAGGAGGAGCGUGAGGCUGGGCGUAAGGCCAGCAGCACCGUCAAAGUGCCCGCCAGCCCGCUGACCGGGCUCGAGAGGAAGAAGAGCACGCCCACCCCAUCCACGAACAGUGUCCUCUCCACCAGCACCAACCGGAGCCGGAAUUCCCCCAUGCUGGAGCGGACCGGCUUGGGCCAGAACUCCAUACAGAAUGGCAAGGACAGUUUAACCACUCCGGGGUCCAGGGCUUCCACGGCUUCCGCUUCCGCCGCCGUGGGCUCCGCACGCCCGCGCCAGCACCAGAAAUCCAUGUCUGCCUCCGUGCACCCCAACAAGCCCACGCUGCCCCCCACUGAAAAUAACUGUGAGGCCCAGAGACCCAGCACUGCCCCCCAGAGGGUCCCGGGGGCUUCACCCUCUGCCCACAACAUCAGCAGUGCCAUCCCAGAACGCACCAACUUCCCGCGGGGCAUCUCCAGCCGCAGUACCUUCCACGCCGGGCAGCUCCGGCAGGUCCGGGACCAGCAGAACCUCCCCUACAACGUACCACCUGCCUCACCCUCUGGGAACAGCCAGGGACGCCGGGGUGCCUCCGGCAGCAUCUUCAGCAAGUUCACCUCCAAGUUUGUGCGCAGAAAUGUGUCUUUCAGGUUUGCCAGAAGGAACCCGCAUGAGCCAGAGAGCAAAGACCGAGUGGAGACCCUCAGACCUCACAUGGUGGGAGGGGACAAGGAGCGGGAUGAGAACCGGGACGCCAAGCCUCGCUCGCUACGCUUCACCUGGAGCAUGAAGACAACGAGCUCCAUGGAGCCCAACGAGAUGAUGAAGGAGAUCCGCAAGGUGCUGGAUGCCAACAGCUGCCAGUGCGAGCUGCAGGAGAAGUACAUGCUGCUGUGCAUGCACGGGGCGCCCGGCCACGACUCCUUUGUGCAGUGGGAGAUGGAGGUGUGCAAGCUGCCGCGGCUGUCACUCAACGGUGUGCGAUUCAAACGGAUAACGGGCACCUCCAUGGCCUUCAAGAACAUUGCCUCCAAGGUGGCCAAUGAGCUCAAGCUUUAACCAGCCCCCUGCUGCGCUGCACCCCACGUGCCCUGGGCUGGGACGAGGAGAUCCUGAGCUGCAGGAUCUCCCCACGGCGGUGUGCCAGGGGGCACUGAGACGCAGACCCUCCUCCCUCAAGCUGGGCGCCCGGGAGGGGCAUUGGAGACGCUCCUGCCCACCUUGCAAGGACCCACAGCCGUGCACCAGGACAGGGGGUGCAAAAACAUGCCUCCUCUCCCCCACUGCUGUGCCGAGAUGCCCCCUGGCUGUGCACCAGGAGAGGGGGGCACAGCUGCCUCCCGUGCAGACAUGCACCCCCCGCAGUGCAUGGGGGGGCCCAGAGCCGCACACUCCUCCCCUUGCAGGAUUGUAAUUAAUUGGAGAAAUGUUUAUUUUUUGAUACCCUGGUGGGGGCGGCAGCAGAGACGGUGGUGGGGAGAGGGCUGGGGGCCAGCAUGCCCCCUGCUGCCGCCAGCAUGCGGGCUCCAGCAAAUCGUGGUACUGCCCCUCAGAUGCCUGCCAUGCUGGCCAGGAGCUCUUACCAAAAAAAAAAAAAAGUGGUUCAAAAGCCAGAGAAGUCCGGCCCUCUUUCCCACAAUGCCUUUCACCCCUCACCUCUCCCACAAUGCCUUUCACCCAGCCCCCCUGCAGGUGCCAACUUGCCCUUUCCCCAGGGGGCAGGUUGCUUGGGGCUGGGCCUGCUGUGCUGGGCACUAAGGGCAGCUCCCACAGGCUGGGGCAGCAGCAGGGAGCUGGGAAAGCCAGACCCCACCUUCCUGCGGGUGCCCCCUAUUGGGCAUUAAUAUGGGGGUGGGGUUGGCAGCCUCUCCCCCAGCCAGCUGUAGCACGUGGGCUCCCAGGCUGAGCCCCUGCCCUGAGUGAGGAUGAUCAGGCCCAACCAGACAAGCCCCUCCCCAGCUCUGCUCCCGCUAGGGGGGGGGAAAGGCGGGAGGGGGAGGGGUGCUGCGGCUGGGCUGUGAGCUCCCCCUCCUCUAGCCUGGAGCACUUGGUUGAUGGGCUCCCUCUCCCAGCUGCACCCCGUCCCCCUCGGUCUGGCAGUAACUCCCCCAGCUGGCCCAUGUCAGAGACCCAAUGGGGGUGGCGGGGAAUCAGUGCAGGGACUGGCUGGGAUGAGGGGGGGGCUCUUGGCAGCAGCCUCCUCUCCCCUGCUGCCUAUCCCUUGCUUGGAUGGAGGGUGCAUCCCCCUCCCCCCCGUGCAUCUCACAAGUGGGGGUGGUUCAUACCAAAUCUCCCCAGUCCCAGGGUGACUUCCCCCAGGACAGGGGUGGGGGUGUCAGGCUGGAGGGGUCUGAGGCCUCUUCCCCAGGGGGCUCUGCCCUGAGCUGAGCCCCUGUCUUAGACACAAUAAAGAGAAUGUUUUUAAACUGCACUGCAGCUCUGGUGUUCUUCCCCCCCCCAGCUCUAGGACUGGCUCACCUCCUUCCCCCAUCCCUGGAGUAGGCUGCCCCUGGCCUGCAUUGGGCACAGCUGGACCCUGGGGCAUUAGAGGGGCUGUUGGGUGUCAGGGAGCUCUUGGCGAGGCCCCUUCUCUGGAUCUGCCCCCAGCUAUGGUUCAGCUUCCCCCCCUGUGCCCACCAGCUGUGCCGUCUGCCCCAUGUGGGGUGGGGCAGGGUCUCCCUGGGACUGGCUGAGUGGUGGUGAGUGGACCCCCCCACACUCUGUUCCCUAGCAGCAGUGGGCACCGCUGGGGGCCUACCCUGAGCAGUGGAAGGGGUCUAGUGUUCCGGAGUGAGGGAGUCAGGACUCCUGGGUUCUAUCUAGCGAGUCCUUCUCCAUUGGGGAACUCAUGACAUCUUCCCCCAGCCCCUGUGCUUGGCCCUGAUCCCUGUCCAGUUCCCUGUGCUAGGGGUGAGGAGUUGUAGGAGCCACGGAGUGUCCCAUGCAGGGCCCCCCAUGCUGGACUUUGGAUGAUCCUGUCAGUGGGGGCUGGGUUUGGUAAUGCCAAAUGAUUGGGGAGUGUUACCUGCUGGCCUAGGAACAGGAGCUCCUCCCCCUCUCCAGCCAUUGGUUCUUGGCUCUGGCUCCCCCUCUGCGGGAGUAGUGGCAGGGGGAGGGGAGGCCUUGCCCACAUGGCUGAGGUCCUGAUUGAGCCCAGAGCUGCUCCUGUUUUCUGGUUAGGCAUUGGAGGGGGGCACUGCCUUGGAGUGUGGGGGGCACAGGUACUUGAAGCCAAGAAUAGGCAGGGGAAAGGCAGCAGUUGUGUGGUGCUGGGGGGAGAGGGUCUGAUAUCCCCCUCUAAUCCCAGCUGGCCCUGGCUCAGCAGGGACCCCUCAGCCAAUGUUUCAGGGCCUACACUUGCUCCAUUUACCACCCCACCCCCCCAACACUGACUACAGGAUUUCCCCUGCUUUGCCCCGCCCCCCUUGCACUGGCUGCACUAACAUUCCCCCCUCCCCCCCAUCGCCACCAGGCUUCUCCAUCCAUCAUAGCCACACUUGUGAUGCUAAAUAAUGUACUUCCCUGCCCCUGGGGGGCUGUUCCUCCCCCUCCCCCCACCUGUAUAUAUCUGUACUGAUACCUCGGUUUUGUGAGUGGUUUUUUUUGUUUUGUUUUAUUCUGAUCAGAAAAUGCCUUUUUUUUUUUUAAUAAAAAAAAAAUCUGCUCUGGCCCCCGACGCUGCCCCCUGCUGGGAGGUCAGGGAAUGGGCUCUAUGCUGCCCCCUUCUUGGGGGUGGGGGGCCCUGCCACUGCCCCGUCCUGGAGGGCUUUGGCCCCGCUGGGGCCCUGGAGCGGAGCUGCGAUUCGAUGUAGUUUUUCCAGGUUCUAGAUUAAAACUUUCCAGAAAGA